AUUCACUCGCAUGCCCGCGCGCACUCGCGUCUCACGCGCCGACUCGCGCGCACGUUGUGUGGUGAUAACUGAUAAGUGACGUGCUAAGUGACAGUUGUGUUCGUGCAGUGUAAACACGCCUUUGUAUUUGGAGUCAUUGAUUUUUGUCCACAAUGUUUCCCAGGAUACAGGGGCUGUUCCAUUCGGUGACAGAAAAAAGACAGCACAAUGACUGUGGAGAAAACAGUGUGACGAUAGUCACAGAGAAGAAGAUGGAAGAUGAUUCGUCAGACUCUUCUAGUGGAGAACAUGUCGAAAUCGAAGACAAGCCCCUCCCGAUCGUGGAGCCGGCUGCCUUGGAAUCAACAGAUGAGGGCCACGCGGCGCAAUGCGCAUGCCCGAACUGCGAUGAGGUGCUCGCACGCUUCUCAGAGUGCAGCAUUUGCUUGGAACCGUUACAGUGCUGCGGUCCAUGUGUGUGUCCCUGGUGCGGCGGUGUAUGGUGCGCGCGCUGUUCUCGACGGAUCUCGCGUUGCGCGUGGUGUAGAGGCGCCCUACGAGCGCCCGCGGCGCCCUGCUUGGCGCUUCAGAGGCUUGUCAAUGAUCUCAUGCUACCGUGUAGGAAUUACAGACGCGGCUGCACAGAGCUCCUCACAGCGGCCACCAGACCUAAGCACGAGGAAGACUGCAAAUUUGAUACCAUGACCUGCCCCAUUACGGCCAACUGCUGUUCCAUACCAUUCGAAGAACUCUCCGCUCAUCUCCAGGGCACCCACAAUAUCAUCGCCGUCUACUCACAAAAAAUCAAGAUCCUCAUAGAAAACUUCCAAACCAAGUUGAAGAAGACCGCUUGCUGCAGAACUAAAUACAAGAUCAUUCUGCUUCAUCAAAAAAGCGCCUUCAUCAUCAAAGUAUGCAUCUACAAUUACCAUGUCAGAGUAGAAGUGAUGAGAAGAAAACUAGGAUACAUCGCAGACGCCAAGUCUGAAUCUAGAAAAAGCGACUACUGUGCUUUAGUCGAGUUUCAAUCUAAAGCGCUAAGUACAAAGUCAGCCAUCCUUAUUGAGAAUGAGAAUUAUAGCAAGAAAGCUGAGAUACAGUGGAAUGAUGUUAUAAUGAAAUCGGAAAACGACGAGGCUAUUACGAUUCACGUUAAUAUUGGUAAAUCUGAUGCUGAAAGGAAAGAUUAUGCGGAACCAUAAUCGGCGUGACGAUGAAUAACUUCAGCUGCUAAUUGAACAAUUUUGAGAAGUCUAACUAGAGACUUGAUUGUGAUAUGAGGGAAGAACUAUUCAAGCAUAGGUGCUACU